UUGGCCAACCAUUUUAUCUCACUUUCACUGUGUGUAUAAAUGUGUGUCUUUGAAUUUGACCCUUCCUUCCUCCGCUCCAAUGGCGGACCCACCAUCCCCACACUCUCUCUUCAUUUUAUGGCGUAAAUAUUCAACUUUUAUUUCUUCUCUUUUUUCACCCUUUUUUCCACCUCCUAAAACUCAACCAAAUCAUCCGAGAGAGAGACGAAGAAGAACUCAUCGAUUAUUAUUUUUGAAGUGAUUUGAAGAAAUUGAUUCAGCCAUGGAUUCCGGCAAUAGCGGGAGUAUGCAAUCCUCCAGCGGCGGCGACGAUCAGGAAUUCGAUUCCAGCUCCUCUUUUCCUCCCAAUUUCGCCUCAAUCUCGGCGCCGCAGUUUCUCUCCAAUCAAACCCCCAAUUUCUUCGACGGUAAUCUCCUGACGCAGAGUCUCGAUCACGCCAGCGACGGCGAUCUGAUUUGGCCGAGGGGGGUGAGAUCCGAUGAUAAUCAAGCCUUCUCCAGCCUCGGGAGCUCGCCGGCGCCUAAUCCGACUCCGGCGACGCCGCAGCAGCAGCAGAGGAACCCUAAGAAGCGGACGCGGGCGUCGCGGCGGGCGCCGACCACCGUGCUCACCACAGACACCAACAAUUUCAGGCAAAUGGUGCAGGAGUUCACCGGCGUCCCCGCCGCUCCGUUCUCCGGCGGCUCCCCGUACUCGCGGCGGAUGGAUCUGUUCUCCGCCGCCUCCGCCUUGCGAUCCGCCGCGAAUCUGGACGGCAUCGGCCCGAUCUACCCCCUCCGCCCCGCCGCGAAUAAGAUCCUCUCCCCUUUCUCCUCCUCCGCCGCCGCACCGCCGUCGCAGCUCCUCAAUACCACCAUGAUUGACUCCAUAGCUCCGACGACGGCGAUCGCGUCAAAAUCGAGCAUCAAUCCGAGCGAUUUUCAGCUCUACCAGCAGAAUCCGCAGAUGAAUUUCUCGAAUCUGAGCGGCUUCGGCGCCUCCGCCUCCGCGGCGCCGAAUCUGAGCAGGUGGAAAAGAGGGGAAACGGUGAGGAACAACGAUUCGAUUCACGAAUUUGACGGAAACAGCAACAAUAUCAACAGCGGUGAAUCGCUGAAUUACAAUUUGAAUGGUGCGGAAAAAGGAGUGGAAAAUGCUGCUUCUUCCAUAGCUGAAGGUACAGUGGCUUCAUGGAUAUGUUCUUCCGAAUAAUUAAUUCUUUUAUCUUUUUCUUUUUUCCUACUAUAUUAAGUUAAAGAAUUAUGGAUUAGUGGUUAAUUAAUAUACUUAAUUAUACUAUGAUAUUGUAUAAAUGAAUAUUUUGGGGUUUUAGUUUAAUUAUAACCCAUUUGAAGGAUUAUCA